UAACCCACUGAGCAAGCGCAGGGACCGAACCCCAAACGUCAUGGUUCCUAGCCGGAUUCGUUUCCGCUGCGCGACGACAGGAACUCCCUCAAAUGCCACUUCACUAGUGAAUUUUCCAUUGACCAUUCUAUUCAAUAUUGCAACCCCUAUUCCCAGCUUUCCUUUUCUCAGUAGCACUUACCAGCAUCUGACAUGCCAUACGUCUUACUUGUCACAUAUGUAUCUGCAACACCUAUAACACUGCCUGGAACAUGGAAGGUGUUGCGUGAGUGAAUGAAUGAACUAAUGAAGCAGGCCGGGGCCAAGGGGGCUCGGCCUCUGUUCCCCAGUCACUUCCAGGCAGAGGUCGGCAGAGAGGCAGCGCAAGUGGCCGCCUGGUGUCAAGAAGGACGAGACGUCCCCAGCCACUGCUGCUGACCAAGUCUUCCCCGCGCAGGCGCCGACAGAAGGGCAGAGGGCCGGGCCGGGGCGGGGCCGGGGCGGGGCCAGGCUCCUGCGCCAUAAAGUCCGCUGGGCGCCUCCCGCCUCCGCCUGCAGCGCGCCGCCCGCCCCGCUUCCUCGUUCGCGUCCGCAGGGGUCCGUGUUCCCAGCCGCUCUCGCCAUGGCUGCACUCACCCAGAACCCGCAGUUCAAGAAGCUGCAGACCUGGUACCACGAGCACCGCUCUGACCUCAACUUGCGCCGCCUUUUCGAAGGGGACAAGGACCGCUUCAACCACUUCAGCUUGAACCUCAACACCAACCAUGGCCGUAUUCUGUUGGAUUACUCCAAGAAUCUUGUGACGGGGGCUGUGAUGCAGAUGCUGGUGGACCUGGCCAAGUCCAGGGGUGUGGAGGCUGCCCGGGAGCGCAUGUUCAAUGGCGAGAAGAUCAACUUCACCGAGGAUCGGGCGGUGCUGCACGUGGCCCUGAGGAACCGGUCAAACACACCCAUUCUAGUGGACGGCAAGGAUGUGAUGCCAGAGGUCAACAGGGUCCUGGAGAAGAUGAAGUCUUUCUGCAAGCGUGUCCGGAGUGGUGAAUGGAAAGGGUACUCGGGCAAGUCCAUCACGGACGUCAUCAACAUUGGCAUCGGCGGCUCUGACCUGGGACCCCUCAUGGUGACGGAAGCCCUCAAGCCGUACUCUGCAGAAGGCCCCCGGGUCUGGUUCGUCUCCAACAUUGAUGGGACCCACAUUGCCAAAACGCUGGCCACCCUGAACCCCGAGUCGUCCCUGUUCAUCAUUGCCUCCAAGACCUUCACCACCCAAGAGACCAUCACGAAUGCGGAGACGGCGAAGGAGUGGUUUCUUCAGUCGGCCAAGGAUCCCUCUGCAGUCGCAAAGCACUUUGUCGCCCUGUCUACCAAUACUACCAAAGUGAAGGAGUUUGGAAUUGAUCCUCAAAACAUGUUCGAGUUCUGGGAUUGGGUGGGAGGCCGCUACUCGCUCUGGUCAGCCAUCGGACUCUCCAUUGCCCUGCACGUGGGGUUUGACAACUUCGAGCAGCUGCUCUCAGGGGCUCACUGGAUGGACCAGCACUUCCGCACGACACCCCUGGAGAAGAACGCCCCCGUCCUGCUGGCUCUGCUGGGUAUCUGGUACAUCAAUUUCUUUGGGUGUGAGACGCACGCCAUGCUGCCGUAUGACCAGUACCUGCACCGCUUUGCUGCCUACUUCCAGCAGGGUGACAUGGAGUCCAACGGGAAGUACAUCACCAAGUCCGGCACCCGUGUGGACCACCAGACGGGCCCCAUUGUGUGGGGGGAGCCAGGGACCAAUGGCCAGCAUGCCUUCUACCAGCUCAUCCACCAAGGUACCAAGAUGAUACCCUGUGACUUCCUCAUCCCGGUCCAGACACAGCACCCAAUACGGAAGGGUUUGCAUCACAAGAUCCUCCUGGCGAACUUCUUGGCCCAGACUGAGGCCCUAAUGAAGGGGAAGUCGACGGAAGAGGCCCGGAAGGAGCUGCAGGCCGCUGGGAAGAGUCCAGGGGACUUUGAGAAACUGCUGCCCCACAAGGUCUUUGAAGGAAAUCGCCCCACCAACUCUAUUGUGUUCACCAAGCUCACGCCGUUCAUCCUUGGAGCCUUGAUUGCCAUGUACGAGCACAAGAUCUUCGUCCAGGGCGUCAUCUGGGACAUCAACAGCUUUGACCAGUGGGGAGUGGAGCUGGGAAAGCAGCUGGCUAAGAAAAUUGAACCGGAGCUUGAUGGCAGCAGCCCAGUGACUUCUCAUGAUUCUUCCACCAAUGGGCUCAUCAACUUCAUCAAGCAGGAGCGUGAGGCCAGAAGCCAAUAAACUUGUGCCCCACUGCAGUCCCCGCUGUGACUGGUCCUUCUUGUCCCUUCUGCCCAGAGUCUGCACUGCAUGGUCCUGCCCUCUGGUUUUGGGUUUGGACCAUAAGACCUUUGGGGGAAGCUGGUCUGGAAUUGCCACCCCUGCCCUCUCCAUGUUCAUGCCCCCUCUGUUUUAAAGUUGGCUGAAAUGUUUCGGUGCAGCUGAAUUUUCUGACCCAUGUUCACUGUUCAUAACCAGGUAGAAAAAUAAAGAUGCCAUAAAGGAGGA